AUGGGUGCCUGGGGAUACUGUCUCUUCCAGUCAGACCACGACUUCGAAAUCGUCGAAGCUCUCGAUACUGAAGCCGGUCUCUUUCCACUCAUGGAAGCCGCUCAGGCCAGGGCGCGAGCUCAAGGCAAGUCUGAGGAAGAAGCAGGACGCUGCUGUGCAUACAGCACCUACGCCCCCUACUGCUCUCACCCCAAACUCAUCCGCAAUCACCUCGACUCCGGUAUCCUCGUCGACAUGAUCGCUACGAAGGAGGCGAAGAUGCUCGCUGGUCCUGUCGGCCUAAAAGAGAAGUGGUUCGGAAACUGGGGACCGGAUCCCACCUACGUCUACGUCCUACUCGGUGCUUGUGCCAUGACUCUCGGAUGCAAGCUCCCCGCUGCCUACAUCACCAUGCUCAAGAAGGUCUACACUGAAGGUGGUCUCAUGCCUGCUGCGCAGGGCCAGAUGAAGAAGGCGCUCUUCGGUCCGAACGGCUACAAGAACGGCGUACCUUACGACUUCAAAUCCAAGAGCAUCACCGAAGAGGCCAACGCUAGACCCUCUGAGCCCGCUAACGGAAUGGGUUUCCAGAUGAUGAAUGUUCCUGGCCCGGGAGGUCUCUUCAGCACUGGUAUGACCGAUUCAUCAACUUCGCUCGUCGUCAAGGAGCUUCGUGAGCAGUUCAACAAGCCGGACUUGUGUGGUGGAUGUGGUGUCAAGGCUAGAGCUGGAGGUGACGCCCUGCUAUCUUGUGCCAAGUGCAAGAACCGCAAGUACUGCUCCACUGAGUGCCAGAAGAAGCACUGGAAGGUUCACAAGAAGGUCUGCGAGCUCGCCGAUGUCCCAUUGUAA